AUGAGUAAGCUGGACGAUUUGUUGGCCAAGAAGAAGACGGUGGUGCCCGUCCUGGACCUGAGCCGCAGCAACAUCCAGACGAGUGAGGAGUUCAAGCGGCUGUUCGAGAAGGUGCCCGACUACAAGAUGCGUCCCGUGAAGGUGCGCGCCGAGGAGAUCAAGCUCCGGGACAAGGACUACUCCUUCAAGAUGCCCAAGAAGGAGAUGCGCAAGCUGCUCAAGUCGAAUGGGGAGCGGGAGCCGUUCUACAGCUACGCGGAUCCCGUGCCCACCGAAAUGAAGGACGUGGUGCUCAUGGAGCUCUGUGCCGUGCCCAUCGACUGGAAGAUGCUCACCACGCUGCGGCCCAAGAACAAGCAGGAGGAGGAGUACUUCAGCCGCAUGGUGGAGAUGGGCAAGCUGGAGCUCAAGACCGAGGCCCGUGACCGCCGCGAGUUCGCUCUGAACAACUGCGUGAAGAAGAUCAAGAACAAGUCGGGCAUCGUGGAGACCCGCCUGAUGACCUGCGAGUCCUGCGGCGAGGAAAUGUGCUGCGGCAAGUCAUGUGGCGACUUCAACUACGAUCUGUACAUCAGAGUGGAGGCCAGGGUCGUGAAGCCGAAGCCCGUGCCCAUGACCACGAACAAGACCAAAUUGAAUGGCCGCAAGAAGUCCUCGGUGGCAGGCACCAAAAUCAAGGUCAAGAAGUCCUCCACCAACAAAGGAGCUUGGGGAAAACGAUAGAUCAAUUUAGCUGAGUAUUCUUUUCGCAUUCACUUGCCCCUUGUAACCAUUAAAAAGUCCUCAAAUCUUGUACAAGUCUCUU